AUGGGCCCAAAAGAAGCACAAUACAACAAUCAACGACUAUUGAACGAAGGUCAAUCUCAAGCACUUAUAAGAUGGAUAAACCAUCUUACCGAAAAAGGCCUACCACUUACGAAUUCGAUGCUGGCAAAUUUUGCAAGAGAUAUAUGUGGUAGAAAGCCUGGAAAGAACUGGGCUAUUCGCUGGUUAAGGUCUCAUUCGGACCAGGUUAUUUCUCGCUAUUCCAUGGGCCUCGACAUGGACAGGAAAAAUGCAGAUAAAGCAUGGAAAUACGCGAUUGUGAAGGAAGCUGUUAACGAUGUUUAUGAUAAAAAGUCAAAAAAGUUGAGCAAUGAGGUGCAUCGUAUUCAAGCUGAGAACGCCUUGCUUAAAGCACAAGUUGAAGGCUUACAAAGGACUGUUGUCAAUCUCAAAAAGCGCCAGAACAAGAAAAAGCCAUUAUUAUUGGAUUUACAUUCGGAAAAAGAAGGUGGUGCUAUCUUUUUUAGCCCUUCCAAGGUUCAACAAGCUCGAGAUCUACAACUUCAAAAAGACAAGAAUACCGCACAAGAACAAGCCCGUAAAGAUGAUAAAAAGCUUCAACAAAAGCUUGCAAGGGAAGCCCAAAAGUUGGAAAGGAUUGAAAAGGCUCAAAUCCGGCAAACAAAGCGAGAACAGCGCCAACAAGAGGCUGCGGAAAAGGAACGUCAAAAGGAGGAGCAAAAAUUAGCUAAGUUAGCUGAUUUACAGCUUCAAAAAGAUGUCCUCACUACUCCCAAGCCCUGUACAAAUCAAAGGAACCCAAAUUCGAAGCAAUCCAAGCCGAAAAUCAGUAAUGAGGCCAAAGAAGAGGUUAUUGAGGAGGUUAUUGCUACAAAUCGUAGGGGGCGGCAGAUUCGGCUUCCUGUACGCUAUCGCUAG